UUCCAAAAGCUGAACAUUUAUCAUUAAUGUUUAAAGCUAACAAGAAACAAAAGUUUACAUACUUAGAUAAAUAUAAGAUAUUUAAAAAACUAGUAGAACACAAUUUACGCGAAAAGGGUCUUCUUCCUAAUAGCAACGAAGAAUUAUCUAAAAUAUCAAAAGAUGCUUGGGACAGAAAAGAUUCCAACUUUGAGAAAUUUAUCGAAGAAUAUACUAAAGAAGUGAAUUUAUUCCGUCGACAAAAUUUACAAAUUAAUAUUAAACCUUAUGAGUUAGCGGUUAACACCGAAACUCUUUCAGCUGACACCGAAAUUUACGCUUCUGAUUUUUUUAAUGGAUUUCCAUCCUCUUCUAACGAACGAGUUAGGUCUAUACGAGAUUUCGAUAUGAUCAGAGGAAAUAAAGAUGUUGUUAGUCAUGCCAUUCAAUUACCCUUAAGUGAAAAAACCACGAGUAAUCAAAAUUUUGAUAUAAUUGAAGGUAAUGUUAAUGUGAUAAAUGAUAAUGAUGAGGUGAUAGUUAAUUCUCUCUUUAAAAAAUACAUUAAUGAAGACGCUUAUCUUUGA